AUGAUAUAUCUACUGUUCUUCGCACAGAUUAGAAUCGUGACAACACUCAGCACCAUCUCACACGGCAGCACACUCAGCACCAUCUCACACGGCUUCGCCUUUCACGCCUCACCAGCUUCAUCAGCCUUUCACGCCUCAUCAGCUUCGCCCUGCAGCGCCACCUGGGGGUGGACGAGGGCAGCCCUCUCGCUUGCAUCUCCUCACACUCCCUCUCCGAUACAUCACACCACACUUCUCCCUCUGUUCCUCCCGCGUUGCAGCAUGGGAUGCCAGUGCAACAGAGCGCCACCUCAUCCCCCGUUCGCCCUGCAGCGCCACCUGGGGUUGAAAAAAUACAGCCCUCUCGCUUGCAUCUCCUUACCCUCCCUCUCCACCACACCAUGGCACCCUUCUCCCUUCUGCCUUCCCUGUUCUCCCGCUGCAGCAUGGGAAGCCCCCUCCACGGAGCGCCACCUCAUCCCGUCACGCCUCAUCUCGUUUGCCCUGCAGCGCCACCUGGGGAUGGACGAGGGCGCUGUGAGGGUGGCUGCAGGGCAGCUGGACUUUGCACUGCAGGUGGCAGGCAAGGACCCAGCAUCAUCUGCCCCGGCACUGAACACAGCCUUUGAGCGCCUGGCCUCGCUGCUGCGCCAGCUGCCCUCCCUGCCGCUCUCCGUCGCCGCCCUGCACUCCCUCUCCCCCACAACAAGGGGAGCAGCGGCCUUCCCCCCAUCACCCUGCCCGCCUCCCUCUGCAGGGGGCGCAGCAGAGGAAGAGGGUGUGUGGCGGCGCUGUGUGGAUCCGGUUCCCGUGGCCGUUCAGCUCGAGGCGUCCAGCAAGUGGCCCGACGAUCCCGAGGCGCUGCGCCUCACGCGCCACGCGUUCUGCCUGCAGAUCGCCAGCAGCCUGCAGGAGGCACAUGGGGUGGCAGUGGAGGCGGCACGGGGCGCCGUGGAUGUGAUGCUCGAUGGCUUUGCCCUCCGCCUCGUGCUGCUGCAUGACUAUGUCCCACCAGCCGAGGACGUCACCUCCUCCAACCCCUCCUCCCUCACUCCCAUCGUCACACCCUCGCCCAUCGCCACCCUCCCUCUCUCCUCCUCCUCCUUCUCCGAGACCCACCGCACGCUGCAGCACCACAGCACGCUCAACGGGCUCACUGGCCGCCACCCCACCUUCGGCCCCAUUGCAAGGCUAGCCAAGCGGUGGGUGGCGGCUCAUCUCUUCUCGUCGCACCUCAAGGAGGAGGCGGUGGAGCUGCUGGUGGCGCACACCCUCACCGCGCCCAACCCCCUGCUGCUGCCCGCCCCCAAGUCGCGACUCGCUGGCCUCCUCAGGUUCUUCCGCCUCGUGGCGUCGUACGAUUGGCUGUCGCAGCCGCUCAUAGUGGACGUGAACAGUGCUUUCUCUCCUGAAGACGUGCAGCAGAUUCAGGCUCGCUUUGACGAGCGCCUGCCACCCCACAAGGACACGCUGGGGAGCUCAGCACGCAGCGUGGCAAAGCGGCUCAAGCAGAGCGCGGUGGAGGGGGGGAGGGAGGGCGAGGGGGAGAAGGAGCGGCGCCCCGCCAUGUGCAUCGCCACGCCGUACGAUCGCGACGGCGCCAUGUGGACGCAUCUCGGACCGUCCGUUGAGGCUCUGGAGCGUCUGUGUGCCUUUGCCGAAAGUGCAGCGCAAGUGCUGGCACAGCUGAUCACAGGGGAGGGGGAGGAAGGGGGAGGUGGGGAGGAGGGAGGAAGAAAGGGAGGGGGCAAGGGGAAGGAGAGAGGCAAUGAAAAGCACAGGGCGGUGCAGUGGAAGUCGCUCUUCCUCUCACCGCUCUCCACCACAUUCGACCUCAUCAUUCACCUGGACCCUGCAUCCCUCCCCCACCACGACCGCGGGCUCUUCCCCGCCCCCAAGGCUCUGAGCACCGCCAAGGGCUGGUUGCAAGUACCCUCGUCCCUCUCUCCAACAGAUUCCACCUCCUCCUCAUCCUCCUCCCCCUCAACCGCCCUCCCUCCUUCUCUCCAUCGCCUCGCCUCUGCCGGCCCUCCGCUGCUCAUUGGCUUCAAUCCGACGGCUCUGCUGCUCACACACCUGCAGGAACGGUUUGGCUCGGUGCUCACGUUCUGGUAUGACGGCCUGUGUGGGAGCGAGGUGAUUGGUGCCACAUGGCGCAUUCCCAUUGGUGCAUCUGCUGACGGCGGUGCUGCUGCCCCCUGCCUGCCCCGCCGGGCCCAGCAAGCCAACCUGCUGCCGUGCUCCCACCAGUCUGAGCGAGAGCCCUGUAAGUGCAGAGGUGGAGCAGGGAAGAGCAAGGCUGUGCACUCCCAUGCUCCACCGUCCGCUCCACACUCUCCUCUCCCUUCCACGCUCUUCUCUCCUUUCUACACGUCCCACACCUUCCACACUCUCCUCUCUCCCGGUCCUCCACACUCUCCACUCCCUUACCGUCCACUCCCCUCCCUUACAUGCUCUACCAAACCCUGCAACGCCUAUGCCUUCUCUCCUCCCGCCACCCUAACCACUCACCAGCUGCUCUCUCCUUUCCUGCCGUCCCCACUCACCAGCUGCUCUCUCCUUUCCUACCGUCCCCACUCACCAGCUGCUCUCUCCUUUCCUGCCGUCCCCACUCACCAGCUGCUCUCUCCUUUCCUGCCGUCCCCACUCACCAGCUGCUCUCUCCUUUCCUGCCGUCCCCACUCACGAGCUGCUCUCUCCUUUCCUGCCGUCCCCACUCACGAGCUGCUCUCUCCUUUCCUGCCGUCCCCACUCACGAGCUGCUCUCUCCUUUCCUGCCGUCCCCACUCACCAGCUGCUCUCUCCUUUCCUGCCGUCCCCACUCACCAGCUGCUCUCUCCUUUCCUGCCGUCCCCACUCACCAGCUGCUCUCUCCUUUCCUGCCGUCCCCACUCACCAGCUGCUCUCUCCUUUCCUGCCGUCCCCACUCACCAGUUGCUCUCUCCUUUCCUGCCGUCCCCACUCACCAGUUGCUCUCUCCUUCCCACACCCUCCCCACUUGUCUCUUGCCUCCCCAUGCCCAGUUCACUCACCUCACCACCUGCUCUCUCCACCCCUCACCCUCCCCACUCACCAGCUCCCAUGCGGAGUGGUGAAUGUUGCUGCCAUCAUCGAUGA